CUUCCCAUCACAACCACAACCAACCGCAACCGCACCAAAAAAGGGAAGAAAAAAUCAAAGAAGGAAGGAAGGACCCCCAAAAUGUCCUCCCCAACCUCACACGUCUCCCCGACCCCAGAACUCAGCACCCCCCCACGAGCAACGGACCCUCUAAGCACGGGGAUAAAGUCCCUCUUGGACCCAACCGUCAAGCAAACCACGGAGAAACUCCUGCAAGUGCAUCAAUCCCAGCAAGCCCUCUCCCAGGAACUCGACCGUCUAAUUACCCGUAAACAACCCCUCCCCCCCUUCCUUCUUUCCCUCUUUCCUUCCUUCCUUCCUUCACCAACUACCGUAGUCUAACCCUUAGCCCUUUGAAAAAAAAAAAAGAAUUACAAAACUACCUAGACACCACCGACCCUCCAAGUCUCCGACCCACGAUCAUCAAACUCGCGAGCACUAGUAAGCGAUUGGCAGCAGUUAAUAGUAAUAUAUAAAUCCCCUUCCCCUCCUAAACCCGUACAUGGCAUACUCGGAUAGCUGAUGAGGUUCCUGGAAAAUUGGAAAAUUGGAAUGGUUGGGUGUUAUUAGCGACGUUACAGGCUAUACAGUUACGCGUCAAUAGAUUGUAUGUGCAAUUGAGCAAGCAGCGACUUCCGCACUGAUUUUUUUUUUUUUUUUUUUUUUUUCAUUCCCUUUCUCCCCGAUCGUUUUGAUUGUCUUGUUGAAACUUGGGUGAGACUUUGCGGGUUUUUUGUUGUUGGUUGCCGGGAAUUGGGAAUUGGAAUGGUGGGUUACGUACGGUUAAUGGCGAUGGGAAUGGGAAUGGUUUGGGUUUGGGUUUGGGUUUGGGUUUUGGGGGGGCUUGCGUGAUUUGUAACGGGUUCGGAUUGGGUUGGGUUGGGGUUGCUUCAGAUUUGUUCCUUAUUUCUUUAUUUCUUGCUUUCUUUCUGAUUUGUGUAAAGUGAAGAGUGGUGGUAUUAUGGUACGUACUGUACUUGUAUUGUACUGUAUUCUAGCCUUUACAAAGGUAGCUGCACUCAUACUGUACUGCACCAGCGCUGGUGCAAUGCAGGUGAUGGUUGGUGGAGGAAGCAGCUACAGUACUGUACUCGUAGGCACUGUACGGUACCGUAGGCCACGCUACAACAGCUUGUUUGUCGUCGUACAGCUUGGAGUGGUUACCGGACCAUGGUCAAGCUAAUCGUACAGCAUCAAGCGCAGCUUAUCCCCCCACUCACAAAGGUAAUGAUGAAGAUGACCUUUUUUCUUUCCGCCCCAGCUCACCCGGGCCCAAACACACCUUCAACCACCUGACCGUACCUGCGCGUAAACAUCGCAACCUCCAAACUCUAUUACUCCCCAUGCCCGUGCGGUAUGAU